AUGUAUUUUUUGGCAGUGCUUGCGUUUAUUGGGAAUGCCAAAGAUAUCAUCGCGGUGAGUUCCAGCCUUAUACAGGGCGGACAUUGCCGCGAUUACAAUGGCAAGCUCUAUGAGACGGGCAUGCAUUAUAUGCCCGGACCGGACUCGUGUCGCCUGUGCAUCUGCGACAGUGGUUUACCCAAGCAGUGUAAGAUGGUGCUCUGCGAGGCGUUCAGCAAGUGCAAAUCCUUUCAGACGGUUGGCAGCGGCAACAAUUGUUGCGAGGUCAUCUGCCUGGAUGAUCAGUUCAGCGAUGGCAGCACUGAUUUUGGCAUUUGACUGGUGGCCAGUGGCAUAACGGCCACGUUGUCGUUAUCCUUGCUCUUCUUUUUGGUGAAUCGCUUGCGACAACGUAAGAUGCGAGCUCGAGAGAAUCGCCAGAAUGCGGAGGAUCAGCGCAGCAUUGUUGGAAGCAUUGGCUAUAUUGCUGGCAACAUGGGAUAUAUGGAGGGAAAUCUGAGUGCCAUAGACUAUUCGUAUGGUGGUGCAACAACGCAUUAUCCGCUUUGGAAGCCGCCCAGUGGAUAUUUUCCACGUGGUGAGGCGCCACCACCGUACGAGGAGGCUGUGGCCAUAUCCCAGGCGGAGGCUUUAAGUGCCCAGUGCACUGUUACAUUGCCUAGUCAUGUCCAGCGUCAGACGGUGGCCAGUGUCAGUCAGCAACAACAACAGCAGCAGCAUCAACAGCAGCAACAACAACAAGUGCAACAGCAAAUGCAACAGCAACACUUGCAACAACACACAUUGCAACUGCAUACACAACCACAGCAACAUCCGCAUCCGCAUUCGUACGCUCAACAAUUGGUGCCCGUUACUACAGCUCAUCCAUCACAUCCACAUGCCCAUCAGUUGACAUCGGUGGCUGCUGCUGCAGCUGCAGCUGCCGCUGCUGCCCAGUCCAAUCAGUACACACAGAGCACCACAAAUUUGAUCAACAUAAAUAUUAAUAGCGGUGGCGUCACCACAAUUGCCACAGGCGAGAAUCAUCAGCCGCCUUACAGUCUGCAAAGUGAGCAGCAACUGAGUCUGGAGCAACAUCAACAGCAGCAGCAGCAACAACAUCAACAGCAGCAGCAGCAGCACCACCACCACCAACAACAGCAACAAUUGCAGGCUGCACCACAGAGCAAUUCGAUUUGUGUACAAACGAUGCCCACCCCAAAGCCAAGUGUCAACAGCGAGUGCAGCUAUAAGAAUUGUCAUUUGAAUAUUAGCGCAAGUGUGACAACUGCUGCAGCUGCAGCUAGCAGCGUUUCCAACUCGUUGGCAUAUGCAGCAGCACGACGCACGCCACGCGGCUCGCAGGAGUUGUUGCAGCAGCCACAGCAACAAUAUCUAACUGUUGCUGAUGUCGAGAUCAAUGCUAGUGCCAGUGCAGCUAGUUAUCAUUCGUUGCCUGUUACGGGUGAGCUUAUAGCCACGCCCACACAUCAUUUAACCCAGCAACAACAACAACAGCAACAUCAUCAGCAACAGCAACAAUAUCAACAUCAACAGCAGCAACAACAACAGCAACAGUUGCUGGCAUCUGCAUUGUCCACACCCGCCAUAGACAUGAUGCCGCCACUGGAAAUUGCAACCAUAACGACAUCACCAGCAUGCAGCACAGCGGAUUCGGUAACACAAACGAUGCCAUUGCCAAUGCAUGCGGCCCUCAAGUCACAGCAGCAACAGACGCAACAGCAGCCGCAACAACAUGGCAGCAAAACGCCAUCCAGUUCGCGUCGCUAUCAUCGCACCAUUCCACGCUAUUUUGCUGUCGCUGAUCCACUGCAAGUGGUUAAUGUCAAGCCAAAAUCCAGCUCCAGCUCCACUUCCAACUCUAGCUCAAGUGAUGCAGCAACCAGUAGCAAGAUCAACAAGAAACCCAUGUGCCAGUGUCCCAUUCAGCAUGUGCCCAUGUCCUACAUGGGCAGCAAUGCCAAUGCCAAUGCAAAUGCAUUCCUUAGCGGUGCCGGCAAACUCUUUGCGACUGCAUCAAGUGGCAACAAUGUCUGUGUUUUGUCACCCAACGCCAACGCCAGCGGCACACGUCAUGCCGCCACGUUGGCUUAUGGCCAACGCGCCAAAUCUUCAACAAAUCUACAGCAACAGCAUCACAGCCAGGAUAUGCUUAACAAUAGCGUGUCCGUUGGAGCACGCAAUCCAUGCAGUCAUGAGCCCAAAAUUGCCACCAUUUCCAAGCAGGUCGGCGAUGAGUUGCAGCCGCAUCCAUCGCACGUGACUUCAGGAAAUGUAUCAUCAAUUAUACCACCACCACCACUGCAGCAUCACGAGGAUGUCAGCGCCCCGCCCAUUGUACUUGGCCGCGUCCAAAAGCGUUCAUCCUCGAGCGGCUCGAGCAGUGCGGCUGACCGUGUGCGUAGUACCAGCAGCAGUGGACGAAGCACGUCCAGCAGUGCAGCUGCCCAGGCGGGCGUCGAUAUGCUUUCCAGCGUCUAUUUGAAUCGAAAGGUUGAUGCUUAUUUGAGCUUGACGCAGAAACAGCAGCAACAUUUCUAUAACCAACAACAUGAGCAACAAGCGCGGCAAGCAAGCGAUCAAAGCAAUCCAACAUUACCACCGAAACUCUACAAAAGCCUAACGAAUUUAAAAACAGCGACUACAACCACAACAGCGAUUGCAACUGCAACAGCAACAGCAACAAGUGGCAGUGGCAGUGGCAGCAACAACAACAAUGCUGUUGCCACCAUUUAUACGCUCAGCAAAUCGACAAAUGGCAGCGUACAUCAGCGAAAGGAGCAAACGCCAACAUUGACACUGCCCCCAGCGAGUCCUUCGGCCAGUUGCAGCGAAAAGUCGAGCGGUAAAAUCAAUUCGAGCACAUUCUAUCCGCUGGCCAACAAUCAUGUUACCUAUACGCUGCCAAAGCACAUCAGUGGCAAGAUCUCUCUAAAUAGCACCAUCAAUAGCGUUGUCAGCAAAGUGCCAUCGGUGAUCAGUAUUCCGCCCUUGGAGAACAACAAUGACAAGUCAUCGGCGAUCAACAAGAGCACAACACUGCCAAAGAUAUUGCGCGUGAAGCGUGACACCGAUAAGAUAACAGCAACACCAACACCAACAGCAACAUCUGCAGCUAUGACAACAACUACAACGCCAAAUGCAACAUCGAGCAGCAACAUGGCCAUUGCAAAUUGCCAGAUGCCCAGCUAUCCACAACUGACGUCAAAGGUGCAGAGUGGGCGUGGUGGCACGCCCAGCAAACAGUUGCCGGUGUGCACCACAUCCAAAAAUUGCUUAAAUCCUAACGAGCACUUUUUGCCCAACGAUACCAGCCUGGACGAUGAUUAUCUAAGCGAAUGCGAGAAUUGCAAAAUUGCACAGAGUGCCAAGUAUUAUCUGGAUGCUGAGCUAAGCGGUGGUGGCACCACAUCUUCGACGCCCCAGGAAACAAUGACGCUGCAGCGCAAAUCCCUAGAGGAGACCAAAGAGGAACCACAUGACAGUUACUAUCGCAGCUCACACACGCUGCCCAGCAACGCCAAAAAGCAUGGUAAAAAUAACAACCGGGAGGCGUGGCAAUUCUCAACGAUACCCGCAGCCAGCUCUUCAGACGAAGAUGUCAACGAAUGAGAUUUGAGCCAUUUUCUUUAAGAUGCCAAACAACCACCCAAAUGCCAAAUUGUGCAUCCUAAAGAAAACGCAGGCUUCGAUUUAACUAAAACCAUACUUAACACCCAAAAGGCAUACUAAAUAUAUAUAUAUUUAUCG